UAUACGACCUAAGGAAGCUUUUUAACGUGGUAUAAGGGGCGGAAGUCGUCGUUUUAAGAUUCGCCAUUUUUGAAGCUUCAAAGGUGCGGCUUAGUUACGGACUCGAAUUCGAACGUGUUUAAGCUUGUUCUUGGGUCAAGGGAGGUUAUAUUUGAGUGCAUGGGACCCUAAGGAUUGUUUUUGACGUAAGAAAACGAAGCUUUAACGUCCAAAACGAAAAUCCAAAAUUUUGGACUCCAUUAAAGACGGUACACCGCCAACGAAGAAGACAACCCCGAUCUGCCUUCUCGGACCACUUUUCUUGAUCGUUUUGAGGUCCUGAGCAUUGUGGAGAGCUUCCCCAAUCGAAAGGACGCUUCAAGAGCAAUCGGAGACAAAGUUACACUUUACCGGCGACGAAACCGACGAGAACGCCGGCGACCGCGUUCUGACCGUUUCUGAGGAUCUUGUUCUCAACAAGGAAAUUCGUUGAGGUGCUCGAGGUAGCAAGUGUGGUCUUAGCAACUGAGGUAAGGGUAAGGCUAAGCAGUGAGAAUGAAGAGCUCGAGGCGUGGACCGCAUGUUAGGGGGGCUGGCACAGUAUUUUGCUUUUAAUGUUUUUAACUGCUAAACAUUUUGGAACUAUUAUUUUGACUUAACUAGUUCUUAUUUAAGUUUACAGUACUAAAAGAAUUUUGUUUUAAACAAUGAGAUCUCAUGCUUGGAUAUUUUUCAAUAAAGAAGUAUUUGUUUGUCUUUAUCUUAUUAAAUUGUUUUAUACGGACUAUCCUAUGUGACAUCUCGGGAAAUCGGGGUGUUACAUUAUGGUACCAGAGCAAUACGGUCCUAAAGAAUGUGGUUAGCCCUAACAUGUAAAGUUCACCGCCAUGAGACGAGCUCGACUCACUGUACUGUAAGUGGUUAUUACUUAUAAUUAAGUUGCCUUAAAUUUCUGCAUGCGAGAGGGUAACAUUAUUUUCAUGUAAAAUUGAUGAUCAAAAUGAUCUUGAUGUGUAUUGGUUUGUGUGGUUCAGGAGUUUAGAAAUGCCUCCUAGAAGGUCAGUUAGAGUGGGUCGAGGUCGAGGCCAAGGCCAAGGCCGAGAUGAUGGAGGGAUUAAUGAACCACCUCAAGCACCACAGGGAUGGGAAGAGCGCAUUGCCACACUGGAAGGAAUCAUUCAUAGGCAGGAUGAAGAACUUCGUCAGCUGAGACGUCAACCGGAGCAGCCAGUCCAAAUAAGGCAGGAUGCAGAAAAUAGAGACCCACCAGCUGCAGUGGUAUAUCCUGCUACAGAGGCUAGACAUGAGUUGUUAGCAGAGAGAUUUCGGAAACAACACCCACCUGAGUUUGAGGGAGGCAUAGACCCGGUAGUGGCUGAGGAGUGGAUAAGUCGCAUAGAAAGCAUUUUGCAGAUGCUAAGAGUGGAUGGGAAUGACCGAGUGAAGUGUGCAUCUUACAUGCUGAGGAAAGAUGCUCGUAUCUGGUGGGAGGUGGUGGAACAAACAAAGGAUGUAGAUACCAUGAACUGGGACGAUUUCAAAAGGGUCUUUAAUGAGAAGUAUUAUAACUCAGCAGUUCUAGCAGCAAAGGUCGAUGAAUUUACUGGGUUAGUCCAAGGGAGUCUUACUGUGACUGAGUAUGCACAAAAAUUUGAUAGAUUGGCAAAAUUCGCUCCAGAUCUGGUACCUACUGAUAGAGUGCGAGCACAUCGAUUUGUGGAGGGCCUGAAACCAAUGGUUGCUCGAGAUGUGGAAAUUGUGUCAAGGGGUCAAUUCAGUUAUGCUCAAGUUGUCGAAAUGGCUCUUACGGCGGAGCGGAGUGAAAACAAAAUUUGGAAGGAAAAUGCUGCCAGGAGAGAAUCUAAGAAAGGUGGAGCCAAUUCUAAUGACCACAAGAAACGGGGACAGGACCAGUCCGGGCAGCCAAGUCAAGACAAGAGGUACAAAAGUGAUAACGACCAACGAUUUAAUGGCAGCAGUGGGCGAAACAUUCCAGAAUGCCCUAAAUGUACCAAACGUCAUCUCGGCGAGUGUCGCGCAAAAGCAUGCUACAAAUGUGGAAAAGAAGGACACAUCAAACGCAAUUGCCCACUGUGGGGACGGAGCGGGAAUAGAGCGGAACCCAAGAAAGAUGACAAGUAUGUUCCGGCCCGAGUUUUUGCCAUCACUCAAGCGAACCGAGGCCGGUCCUUCGGUUGUAUCAGGUCAGAUUCCUAUGGCCAACACCACUUGUAA